AUGAAGGAAAAAAAGGAGAAAAAAUUGUUUAUAACAACAGCAGAAGAAUCUCCCUUCUGCUAUAGGUAUGAGGUGUAUACGAAGCUGCUGCUGCAGCUGCAGCAGCAGCACCAUCAACGACAACUGCAGCAGCAGCAGCAGCAGCAGCAGCAACUCAACCUCCAACAGCAGCAGCAGCAGCCGCAGCAGCAACAGCAGGUACCAACACCCUUCCCUGCUAUGUAUACAGCCAUUCCUGAGUCAUUCCUUCUACACAUCCCACAGCAGCAGCAGCAGCAGCAGCAUCAACAGCAGCAGCAGCAGCAGCCUCAAGAAUGGACCUUCUCUAUGACUGUCCGCCGUCAGAACGACGGCUUGCUGCUGCUGCUGCAGGUGGCUCUCUAUACACCUGGAGGCGUUCGCGUUCGCCUCUCUGAGCAGCAGCAGCAGCAACAGCAGCAGAAUCAACAGCAGCAGCAAAAACAGCAGCAGCAGCAGCAUAAGCGUAGACCCUUCGCAGCUGAGGUGCUGCUCGACAAGCAGCAGCUGCAGCAGCUACUCGUCCGCUGCUGCAGCGUGCAGCAGCAAGUAGACAAGACCAUCAUUACAGCUGCAUGCGUUCCCCCAACACAAGCAGCAGCAGCUGCUGCUGCUGCGGCGGUGGCAGCAGCAGCAGGAACAGCAGCAACAGCAACAACAGGAACGCUUGACUACAGUGCUAGCGAUGCCCUCGGCCCUGAAUGGCUCCUCCCUUGUUCAGCAGCAGCAGCAGCAGCAGCACCGACAGCAGCAGCAGCAGCAGAGGAAGCCACUCAACCUGGAGCUCCUGGUAGCGCCAGCAGCAACAGCUGCAGCAGCAGCAGCAACAGCAGCAGCAACAGCAACAGCAGCAGCAGCAGCAGCAGCAAUAUAUUAAAGGUGUGUAUUAAUCAUACACCCUUUGGGGUGUCUGUACACCUCAAUGAUUGCGAGCUGCAGCGGCUAAAUGAUAAGCAGCUGCUUAAUUGGGAGAGCAGCAGCAGCAGCAGCAGCAGGCAAUUAUAUACUCCUGCUGCUGCUGCUGCUGAUGAUGAUGAUGAUAAUGAUGAUGAUGAUUAUACUGCUGCUGCUGCUGCUGCUGAGGGCUAUACACGCCCGCGCCAGCAGCAGCAGCAAAGUGUUUGUAGGGAAAUUGCUGCUGCAGCAGCAGAAGCAGAUAUUGCCCUGCAGCAGCAGCUGCUGGCGUCAUCUACAUUAGACCCCACAAGCUGUCUGUUGGGUCCAGCAGCAGCAGCAACAGCAGCAGCAGCAGCAAAAGCUGCAGAAACAGAAGCAGCAGCAGCAGCAGACGUAGCAGCAGAAGUUGCAACAGAAGCAGCAGCAGAAGCAACUGUAGCCAAGGCAGUUGCCUCUCAGGCUGCAGCAGAAGCAGCAGCAGCAGCAACAGCAGCAGCAGCAGCAGCAACCGAGGCUAAUAAGAAAGCUGCAGCAGGAAGAAUGACAGUCAAGAGAAGGAAGAGCGAAGCAGCAGCAGCAGCAGAUGAAGCAACAGAUGCAGCAGAAACAGCAGCAGCAGCAGCAGCAGCAGCAGGUGCUGGUGCAGCAGUUGCUUCAUCUGCUGCUGCGGAUCUUGCAGAAGCAGCAGCAGAAGCAGCAUCAGGUGCAGCAACAACAAGUGCAGCAGCAGCAGAUACAUCAACAGCAGCAACAGCAGCAACAGCAGCAGCAGCAGGAGGAGGAGCAGCAGAAUUGCUGCUAGGAAAUAUAAGAGAUGCAAUAGAUGUGUGCAGCAAACUAUCUGCUGCUGCAUGCAGCAGCAGCAGCAGCAGCAGCAGCAGCAACAGCAACAGCAGCAGCAGCAGCAGCAACAGCAGCAGCAGCAGCAGCACUAUCACUAUUAUCACUAUCAGCAGCAACAACAAGACUAUCCUUAUCAUCCCCAUGACUAUCCCCAUCAGCAGCAGCAGCAGCAGCAGCAGCACCAACAGCAGCAACAGCAGCAGCAGCAGCAAGAGGAAAAUAUAA